AUGCCAAAAUCUGAUUACUCUUGCUCUAGUAUAAUAUUUAAUGGAAAUAUUUUGAUUUCUGGAGAUUAUAGUGAAUAUCUUUGGUUAUACUCAAUUGAUAUUGACUCUUUCUCGACAAUUCCUUAUGAGUUUAAAUAUAAUGAUAGAAAGAUCCUGAUAAAUGCAGAGAGACUCUAUUUGAUUGAAUGCCCUGGAUAUUUGAUUGAAUGCCGUGGAUCAAUCUAUGAAAGCGAAAUUGGAAGCUACUCGAAUUGGAGAAGAAUAGCAGAAUCAAAAUUCAAUUUUAAUCAAGUGUUUUGUUCAUAUAAUAAAGGAGGAAUAUACAUCUCAGAUAUUUAUGAUUCGGCUGAAGAAUAUUAUUUUUUUAAUUUAGAUCAAAAAAUCAUUAUUGAUAUUGCUUACUAUAGUCAGCAUGUCGCACUUAGAAGAGUAGGUAAAAAGAUUGAAGUAAUAAAAUGCAAUGUCGAUUUUAAGCUUGAUUCUAAUUAUCUGGAUGAAUGAGGCUAUACUCUAAGGACUUUAGGAGAAGAUUUGGAACGAAUUGAACCCUAUGACAAAGCAAUCAAACUCAAUCCAGGUGUUGAUUCUUACACUUUAAAAGGGAACACUUUGUAUUAUUUAGAAAGAUAUCUAGAAGCAAUCGAAUGCUAUGAAGAAGCAAUCAAACUCGAUCCAAACAAUGCUAAAUUUUACGAUCUUAAAGGAUAA